AGCAAUGAAGAAAAAACUUCAAUCAAAAGGAAGAGACUCGUUACUCGUGUUGGGUGCAAGGCACAUAUUGUCAUAAAGCAUUGUGAUGAUAACAAAUUCAUAGUGUCACAAUUUCAUGAGGGACAUACUCAUGCACUUUAUACAACUAGUUGCAAUCUCUUCCAAAAAGAAGGAAGAAAAAUGAACAUAUUGCACAAAAAAAUAAUUGUGAAUAAUUCUAAGGUACGACUUUCAAAGUCUCUUAUGUUUCAUGAAUUCUCUGUAUGUUCUAAUAAAAGUAGUAUGCUCAUUUGAAAAAUGAGCAUUAAAUUAUUUGCUCAUUUGACAAAUUGUUUUGUUCUUUAAAUAGGUGAAUAUUGGUCCUGUUGCAACUUUUCGAAUGAUGAAGGAAAUUGUUGGAGGAUAUGAUAACAUCGGUGCAUCUAAGCAAGAUUUCAAAAAUUUUCAUAGAGAUUUGAAAGCAUACAUUCAAGGAAGUGAUGCUCAAAUGUUCGUGGAUAACUUUACCAACAAAAAGCUAAUGUGGAGCGCUUUUUUCUUUGAUUUUGAGAUGGAUGAAGAUUAUUGCCUUUGUAGAGCAUUAUGGGCUGACCCCCUUUGUAAAAAGAGUUACGCUCUUUUUGGUGAUAUGGUAUCCUUUGAUACCACAUACCAAACCAAUAGGUACAACAUGGUGUUUACUCCAUUUACAGGGGUUGACCAUCAUAAGAGCUGCAUUACUUUUGCUGCUGGUUUCAUAGCGAAGGAAGAUAUAGUGUCAUUUGAGUGGUUGUUCAGAUCAUUUCUUAAAGCAAUGGGUGGAAAUGAACCGAAUUGUAUGAUUACAUAUCAAGAUCCAGCAAUGAAAAUUGCUGUUAAAAGUGUGUUUAACAAGACUGAACAUCGGUUCUGUAUGUGGCACAUAAUGAAAAAGUUACCAGAUAAGGUGGAGAAAUCAAUCAUGCAAGAAGAAACUGGUUUCCUAAAAAAAUUAUGUGCUUGUGUUUGGCAUCUUGAAAUUGAACCUGUUGAGUUUGAAGAAAGGUGGAACAAGGUGAUGGUUGAAUACCACUUGGAAGAACAUGAGUGGUUAGGUUAUAUGUACAAGAUAAGGAACAAGUGGAUUCCGGCGUAUUUCAGAGAUGUGUUCCUUGGAGGAAUAAUGCGUACAACAUCAAGAUCCGAAAGCGAAAACAACUUUUUCUGCUCCUUUAUCAGUCCUCAUGUGUCACUUGUUGAGUUUUACUUGAGAUAUGAAGCUGCAAUUGAUGCCCAGAGAUACACUCAAGGUCAGAAUGAUAAUGAUUCAAAGCACAAAUAUCCUGAGUGCAAAACACCACUAGGGAUAAAAAAGCAUGCCUCGCAUUUAUAUACUAACUCUGUCUUUUAUGAAUUUCAAUAUGAGAAAGAAAAUGGAUUGGAAGUUGCAAAAGUAAGUGAAGGAAAUCGAAUUAGAACAUUUGAUGUUGUGUUUAAUCCAACUAACUAUGACACCACAUGUUCUUGCAAGUUGUUUUAUAGACAAGGUAUUCCAUGCAGACAUAUGAUUUGGGUUUGGAAAGCAAAAAGGUUUGAAACCAUUCCUGAGCAGUAUAUGCUACACAGAUGGACUACUAUGGCACUAAAAAAACCAAUUUUUGACUUGGGUGGAAACCUGUUGGAGCAAUGUGCUAAUUUAAUUGACAAGAAAAAAUUGUUAAAUGACUUAUGGUCAGAGAUACACACUUGUGUAAGUUUGGCAGAAGGAAAUGAUGAAGAUAUUCAAGAUCUUGUGAUAAAUCUUCAAGGAAUAAGAAAGGAUUUGGAAGCUAAGAGGAUUGCAAGAAAUAAUGAAACAACAGGAAGUGCAAACAACAAAGCACAAGACAUUGAGCUAUUGAUUGGAGCUAGUGUGCCAACUGAAAUAAUUGUCAAACCUCCAAAAAUUUCAAAGAAUAAAGGGACUGGAGUUCAUGUAUCAAAUGAAGAGACUUCAAAAGAGAAAGGGGUUGGGAUUGAUGUGCCAAAUGUUGAAACAAGAGUGUGUGUGUAUGUGCAUCUAUCUGUGUGUGUGUCUGUGUGUGUAUCUAUGUGUGUGUGUGUAUCUUGUGUGUGA